AUGUCGCCGAAAGAGAAAACCGAGUUUGGUCUCUCGCUACGAGAAGAGAAUAGACGAAAAAGACAGAGGCAACAGAACGAUAGUAACGACAAUGACAACGAGGUACCCGUCGCACCCACCACACCAGCGGCAUCAGCGGCACCAGCAACAUCAGCAACAUCAGCGGCACCAGCAGCACUGCAUGUGGCUCCAAAUCAGGAGGAGGAGGUACCUGUCGAACCUGCAGCAGAAAUAGGUGAAGGGGAGGAAGUGUCAGACCAUCCAGCAAGACCCCAUGACGAUGUACACGACAAUGAGGCUGGACCGCCGGUUGCGAACGAGCUGCCUCCUCCUUCAAGGAGUGAUGCGGAUGCACCAGCGGCUGCGAGUGGUCCUCGUCUUCGUCUUCGUCUUCCUGCAGGUGGUGCAGCCCCUCCAACGCCUGCAGCCAUUCCGCCUACCAUUCUGACCGACCAUCAGCGAGAGAUGGCCGCCGUUACUACGAACUGGGGUCCGGAUUACCGAACCCUGCGAGACUGUAUAAAGGCAAAUACUUGGUUCAAAGGCUCAAUAGUGAAUCUAACUGAAGAAACCUGCGAAAUAGAAACCCUUCGCAAGCUACGAGAACUUUCGGAUAAGACUCCCAAUGACGGCGCGAAGAUGAAGGAGCAGAUGGACUUCCACUGGAGACAAAGAGAUAAGCAAGGAAGAGUGGGCGGCACCAAGUUAGAGAAACAGGAAAACCUACGCGAGGAUCUGCAGUUGCUGAUCGAUGGGAAGAGGAUGAAGGAAGGAGAUAUACAGACGUACAAGGGAAGGCCCAAAGACGAUGGAGACGCGUCAGCGCGCAAGAGGAACGACAAUGGGAGAACACCGGAUGCCUCUACGAAACGCGUUCGCAAGACACCACAAGACGACGACGACGAAUCUAGCUCGGAAGAUAGUACCAUACCCCGCAACGGCCUUGCGACAGCGCCAAAAGGCAAGGGAAAGGGAAAGGAAAGGGCGACUGAAGUAACAAGCGACGACACUGAAGUUAUACCCCUCACACGCAGGCAAAGAGACGAGGCACUCGGCCGAAUCUAUGACAACUGGGAACUGACUUCGGACCAGCCACUUACCCAGUUCUUACCAGGGCUGCUGCUUCCACCAGACAUGACGGAUGAUUCUCUCAUUGACGGCAGGAUUCUCGCGCGCAUCCGUGAUCUGUCUAACGUCACUAGAGGGCAAGCUCUCUUUGUUCGAGAGGCGUUGGCGAGCGCGAUGAACGACUUCGUGGGAGAAAAUGUAGAGCAAGUGCUCGACCUUCUCGCACAGGUUCGUGCUCAGCUUCAAGAGGCGAUGCGAGUGCUGGACCGAGCAUCAGAGGAGGCAAGAGCUAGAGAACAGGCGGAAGGACCGAGUCGUGGUGCUCUGAUUCCGGGACUAGGCGUCGCUGGUCCUUCUGCUCCCUCGUCAAGCGCAGUCACCAUGCCACGCCCACCCCAACCCCUGCAAGCUUCAACACAGCCUGCAGCGCAACCAGGACUAUCGCGUUUCGAAGGUGGUGUCCUGACUAUAGGAACGAACUGGACGCUACGCCGUGCUCUCAACGACAGUAGACAAGCUGAUCAAGGCAUCCAGACGGCUCGCCGUAGAUACGAGCAGGCUGUACUUAAUGGACAGUCUGCUAUUGAUCAAGCCGCUCUGCUGUUGGGAAUGGAAGUAGCUAGGGGAGUGAGUAAUGAAGCGUAUGCGAGGACGGAUGAGUUACAGGGUCGCUGGGUAGAUGCGCGAUCGAGGCGAAGUACGAUGGGUGACGGUCUUGGGGGUCUGACUAGUGACUCUAGAAUGGGACACGGCGCGCAGGCUAAGGGUACUAAAGAAGGCGAGAAUGAAGAACAAGAGCAGGAGGAGAACGGUGGAGAAGAUGGUGGAGAGAACGGUGAAGGGAGUAGUGGAGGGAAUGGCGGAGAAGGUAGAGUGACACGCCAGAGUAAGAGGAACGAGAAGGAGAAGAAGUAG